AUGACCAUCACGUGCGUCAGAGCUUUUAUUUUUAACUGGAUCGCGCGAUAUGGAAUUCCUUCCGAUAUAUCAUCGGACCAGGGUCCACAGUUUACGUCAGAGUUUUGGAAAACUUUUAAUCAGAUGAUGGGCAUAAGGAUUCACCGCACCACUGCCUUUCAUCCUCAAGCAAAUGGUUUGGUUGAACGAUUUCACCGUCACUUGAAGAGUGCACUUAUGGCCCGCCUCACUGGGCCCAAUUGGGUAGAUGAACUCCCUUGGGUGUUACUGGGGAUCCGAACCGUCCCAAAGGAGGAUAUCAAGGCAUCAUCUGCCGAGCUGCUGUACGGAGCACCGAUCGCUGUUCCGGGUGAUUUUUUAACUCCAUCACAAACAGUUACACCAACAGAACAAUUUCUUCCCACGAUUCAAGAAACAAUACGAAAACUGACUAUACAACCAAUGACUCGUCACGGCAAAAUAACACCAUAUUUACCUCCAAGUCUCAUGAACUCAGACUAUGUAUUUAUACGAAGAGACCAGCAUCGACCACCGCUCACCGCGCCCUAUGAUGGCCCGUUUAAGGUAACGAACAAAACGGACAAGACGUUCACUGUGGACAUGGGUGGUCGAGAAAAAGUGGUAACAGUGGAUCGACUAAAACCAGCACACCUCGACAUUUCCAGGCCAAUUGAGACUGCACAACCUCCGCGCCGUGGGAGACCACCAAAAACGAAUGAACAGUCAGCAAAGACGACUCCGAAACCUCCAUUAUGUAAACGCCCAACACGUAUUACACGCCCUCCUGUUCGUUUUGGUUUUUAA